UCAUAUAUUCUGCGGCUAAACAUCUAUUCUUAUUUCAGGGAUAUCUCCUUCUUUCUCUGUUUUCGAGCCCAGUUUGGACAAUAUACCGUUGGCAAACAACGAAAUUUAUGUGGAUGAUUCAGAAGCUCAAAACUUAUUCAACGAAGUAACGAUUUACUGCUGGAUUUUAACAACAAAAACUGGAGUAGUUACUAAAGCAGCCGGUGUUAACUUUACGUGGGCACCACGGUGCAACAAGCACAUUUUCUUUGCUUCCGCUUAUGGCGAUGAAACAACUCUUCCACCCCUUCCUGGAAUGCCUGUUACACCUACAGCAAUGCCAAAAGUGACAUUUGAUCUAAGUGCCGGAAAGCGGAAGGAAUAUACGACAGCAAAUGGCGAUAAUUUUGCGACAAUAUCUAUCGGUGACGUGAUAUUUAUCGAUACACCUGAAGGUUAUCAAAAUUUGACAGAAAAAUCGAGAGAAGUUUUACAAUAUCUAUAUUUAACUGAAUUAAACAAUUUUGAUUGGUUCCUGAAAGCUGACGAUGAUACAUAUAUGAUAAUGGAAAACCUCAGACAUUUAGUGCGAGGUCUAGACAAAACUAAACCUUCUUACCUCGGAUACCAGCUAGAACCAUCGUGGUUUGACUCGCCGUACAUGAGUGGCGGCGCAGGUUAUAUAUUUAACAGAGCGGGACUUAAGUUACUCGUUGAAAAGGGCAUACAGACUAAAGGAACAUGCAGAGAAAGUGGAAGUUUUGAAGAUCUUGAAGUUGGUCGGUGUGCUAUCAAGUCGGGCGUUUCUAUUUAUAACUCUGUGGAUAAAUUUGAGCGUGAAACCUUUCACCCGGAUAGAAUACACGACUACAUUCCUGGCCCACCACCGCAAUGGCUUUAUUACUACUCAAGGAAUAAGCCAAAAGGCGGGUCUGAAUGCUGCAGUCAGCUAAGUAUUAGUUUUCAUCGGAUGUCUACACAAGAUAUGUUGAUAUUUGACCAUCUUCUCUACAAGACCUCAGUUUAUGGGCGCAACAUGGCCGGAAAGUUCCCACAAUUCUUUAAAUAUGGCGCCGUUCGACAAUUGCCGAAUGGGAUACCAACUAUGAAAACGUCAAAUUGAAUAAGAUUAUACUUUAUUAAAAAUGCAGUUUGAAAUAUGAUAGUUGUGUAUAACUCUACGUAAGUCAUAAUUAUAUGCAUAACCUUAUAGAUAUAGUGAUAUUAAUCAUCAGAAGCCGGAAGUGAAUUGAUCGGAAGGAACGAAUAUUUAUUCCGCGCAUGCGCGGACAAAUCAACAGUUGCAAACUAAUGAAAUGCUCAGGAUUACAGAUACCUCAUGUAAAAAUGUUUAUUUUGAAAAUGUCACUUUGAGUGCUUAACAUAUCUGGUGUAAGUGGAACCUUAUAUUUUCGUUUUUAUUUUGUUUCAUAGCAGUUGAAUAAGUAAAAACAACGCAUAUGUUUCUAAGUUAUAUCUAAAUUCUUGUCACAAAGUAAAUGGAAUACUAUAAUGUUAUUGAGUGAAAAUAUUAUUCAAUUUGUCAAUAAUCAUUUCAAUGUUUUAGCAAAUUAAGCAUUAUAUAUAUAAAUAUAUAUUACAGAUUUUUGCAGUGUAAG